CUUUUUUACACAGCUAACCUUUCGCAAAUUAGUCCAUAGAAGAAGAAAGCAUCAUCUCAAUCCUCAAUAUUAAAAGUUGCCACCAAUUUUGUCUGUUCUUUUGCUACAGCUUCCUUAAAUUCGGCUUCAUUUCCGGGAGAAAAAACAAUCUAAGAACUAAAAGAAAAAAGCUUCUACUCCAAUCUCCAGCUUCCACCUCUUGCCGGAGAAACUAAAAUGGCUGAGCCGCCACCGCCACCGCAGCAGGUUCGUUUCGGAAUAAUGGGCUGCGCUACUAUAGCUCGCAAAGUUGCCCGAGCCAUAAUGCUGGCUCCCAACGCCACAAUUGUAGCCAUUGGGAGCCGGUCGCUAGAGAAAGCGGUCAGCUUCGCGAAGGAAAACGGCUUCCCGGCUACGGCUAAAGUGUACGGGAGCUACGAUGCCGUCCUGGACGACGAAGAAGUGGAUGCAGUUUACAUACCUUUGCCGACGAGCCUGCACGUGGAGUGGGCGGUCCGGGCGGCUCAGAAGAAGAAGCACGUGCUCUUGGAGAAGCCGGUGGCGCUGAAUGUGAAGGAGCUGGAUGCGAUACUGGCGGCUUGUGAAUCCAGUGGGGUGCAGUUCAUGGAUGGUACAAUGUGGAUGCAUCAUCCCAGAACUGCCAGGAUGAAGGAGGUUCUCUCUGAUCCUCAACAGCUCGGCCAAAUCAAAACGAUACACAGCGCAUUCUCAUUUGCCGGAGGCCCUGAAUUUCUCAAAAACGACAUCCGAACAAAACCAGAUCUCGAUUCACUCGGAGCUCUAGGUGAUUUGGGUUGGUAUUGCAUUCGAGCCAUUUUGUGGGCAUUUGAUUACGAACUCCCGAAAUCCGUAACCGCAAUUGCCGAUCCAGAGGUAAACGAUUCAGGGGUGAUCUUAUCAUGUGGUGCAUCACUAAAAUGGCAAGAAGGCGGAAGAACAGCCACUUUUUAUUGCUCUUUCCUAACAACCAUGGUUAUGGACCUUACCGUCCUCGGAACCAAUGGAAAUCUCCACGCCAAUGAUUACGUUAUCCCUGUGAACGAGAAUGACGCGACAUUUUACAUGAACCGGAUUAACAGGAUCGCUAAUUACGCCUACAGCUUGGGAAAUCCGGCCCGCGAAGAGACUAUCGCGACGGAUCUUCCUCAGGAAGCGCUGAUGAUCAAGGAAUUUUGUGAUUUGGUUGGUGGGAUACAGGGGAAUGGUGCAAAUCCUGAGAAGAAGUGGGGAGAGAUUAGUACGAAGACUCAGGUUGUUCUGGAUGCUGUUAAGGCUUCUAUUGAUAAUGGGUUUAAGCCCGUUGAAGUUGUUUACUAGAUGAUUUUUUUUUGCAUUAAAGUUACUCCCGGCCACAAAAGAAACACACAACAAAUAGAACAAUUAUUUCGAGAUAAAGAAAGUAUUUUUACAAAACUUUGGUUUGUUAAUUAGUUAUCUAAAUUUUGGAUAUGAUUCUUGAAUAUCAUCAAUCAUCGAUUCGGG